CCUCCCUGUCUGCUCACCUGGGUGUGAGCUCACAUCGUGGCAGAAGAUGUCCUGCCAAUAAUGAGCUUACAAGAUGAUGUUCAGGAGGACACAGCUGAGAAGUGACGGAGGGCAGGAUGUUGCCCCCCCUACUUUGAUCAGAGCAUGGGGGCUCAAAGAAUGAUAUCUAUUUGUACCAAUUCCAGCUCCUGAGCACCAUGGAGCCAAGAGAUGCCCAGUUUUCCACAGCCAGCCACCUGAUGGCAGAUGGAGAGGCUGGCAUGGCAGGAGAGGAGGGGCCCGUGAUGCUCUGUGCACACAGCUCAUCUCCAGGAUCUAAUCAGCAUCCUGCUGUCUCUGGACCUUUCAAGCAUCCUUCUGUAUCCAGCCAGCAUCUUCGUUUAUCCAGUCCCAGCCAGCAUCCUUCUGCCCCCAGUCCCAGCCAGAAUAGUUCUUGCCCUGGAUCCAGCCAGCCUUCUCCAGCCACUGGAACUAGUCAGCAGUAUCCAGCCCCUGGACCCAGCCAGCAUCCUACUGCUUCCGGUCCAAGUCACUACAGUUCUGAUCCUGGACCUAGCCAGCAUUCUACGGCCACUACGUCAAGCCAAUAUUUUACGGUACCUGGGCAUAACCAGAAUCCCUCCAUCACUGGGGCUAGUCAAUAUGCAGCUGCCCCCAUAUUUAAUCAGAAGCAACUCAAACCCGGGCACAACCACUCUCCUGUAAAUCCUGGACCUGCACCACCUGUCCAUAAUCAGACAUCUCAACCAGAACAAAUCCAGGUUCUGACCUCAGAUUCCAGCCAAUAUGGUCCUGCCACUGAACUCAACAAACCCCCUGCUCUUGAACCAGGUGUGUGUCCAACUCUGCCACUCUACCAACCAAAUAAUUUAGUACAAAAUCAGACUCCACUACCACAGCAUGUUCCUGAAACUGGAUGCAUCCACAUUCCCUCCCCAAAGCCAAACCUGUCUCCUAGCACAACAAACAAUCAAUCUCAAGACUUGCAAUUCAUCAAGACUCCUCCACCAGGAUUGGUCCAGGCCCCUGUACAAAAUUGUAGCCCAAAUCAAGUUUCCAGACCCAUGUUGCCUCCAAGUCAACCAUCCAACAAGCCUCCUGGUCUAACACCGAGACAAUCACCUGCUUCAGGAUCCAAACUGCCUCCUGCCUCAGGAUCAAUUCAAUUGUUUAACCCUAAUAACCAGACUCCAAUCCAGGCAACUAAUCAGGCUACUUCUGAGAGAGCCAGCCAGAAUUCAGCCAAUGGAUUAAUCCAGCCCCCCUCCACAGGCUCAGCUCAGCUUUAUGGUCCAAGACCAAAAGUACCAAACCAGGCUUUUGCCACCGCAACCAAUCAGACUCUUGUAGCACCUGUAUCCCACCAAACUCCUGCAUCUGGACCGAAGCAGGCACCUCUGGCUCCCAGACUUCCCCAAUCUGCUGUUGUCACUGCACAAAACCAGACAUCUGCCUCCAGAUUCAACUUAACUAUUGUCCCUGAAUCCAAUCAGUCUGUUCCUGGAGCCGGCAUGUUUCCUGCUUCAAUCCCCAAUCAGAUUUUUGCGACUGACAUAAACCACACGCUGGUUAGUGGACCUGGCCAGACUCCCAUACCUGUAUCCUAUAUGUUUACUGGUCCUGGACCCAGCCAGGUUCUUGACACAAGACCCAACCAGUCCCCUGCACCCACGCCCAACCAAUCCAUAGUCCCUGGCAUUAAACAGUCUGCCACCCCUGGAUCUAACCUGUCUCCUGUCCCCGCAGCCACUCAGAGUGCUGUCCUUGGGCCAAAUCAGUCUGCUGUCCUCGCACCCAGCCAAAUUCCUUCCCCUGGGCCCAAUCAGCCUCCCACUGAUGGAUCUUAUCAAUCUCCUGCCAAUGGAUCCACACAUUCUUCUGCUGCUGGAUCCAAUCAGUCUCCUACCCCUGUAUCAAAUCAGUCUCCCACCUCUGUUUCCAAUCAAUCAUCUGCCCCUGGAUCCAGUCAAAAUGCCCUUCCUGGAUCCAAACUUUCUCCUGCUCCUGGAACUAUCAAGUGUCCUGUUUCUGAACCCAGCCAGACAGGGUCCAAUCAGUCCCCAGCUGCAGAGUCCAACCAGAGUCCCACUCCUGGUCAGUUUCCAGACCCAGGACUCAGUCAAACUACAGACCCUGGACUAAGCCCCCUGAUUCCCAAGUCAGACGCUCCUGAACAGAGUGACACAGAGUAUCAUGGAACUUUCAUGCAGCGUCAAUUUGGGGCCUUCUUACAGCCAGCUGUAAAUAAAUUUUCACUGCGGAUGUUUGGGAGUCACAAGGCUGUAGAGAUUGAGCAGCAAAGAGUUAAAUCUGCUGGGUUCUGGAUUAUUCACCCUUACAGUGACUUCAGAUUUUAUUGGGACCUAAUUAUGCUUCUCCUCAUGGUUGGAAAUUUGAUUAUCCUUCCAGUGGGCAUAACUUUCUUCAAGGAUGAAAACACCCCUCCAUGGAUCGUGUUUAAUGUCCUGUCAGACACAUUCUUCUUGGCGGAUCUAGUGCUAAAUUUCCGAACUGGGAUUGUGGUGGAAGAUAACACAGAAAUCAUUCUGGAUCCACAGACCAUUAAGAUGAAGUAUUUGAAAACAUGGUUUUUGGUGGACUUCGUGUCCUCCAUCCCUGUGGACUACAUCUUCCUUAUUGUGGACUUGGAGACAAGGGUGGAUUCUGAGGUGUACAAGACUGCUCGGGCCCUUCGGAUUGUGAGAUUCACCAAAAUUCUUAGUCUUUUACGGCUUCUACGACUUUCUCGUCUCAUCCGUUACAUCCACCAGUGGGAAGAGAUUUUCCACAUGACCUAUGACCUGGCGAGUGCCGUGGUACGGAUCUUCAAUCUCAUUGGUAUGAUGCUUUUGCUUUGUCAUUGGGAUGGCUGUCUCCAGUUCCUCGUCCCCAUGUUGCAGGACUUUCCUGAAGACUGCUGGGUCUCGAUCAACCAGAUGGCGAAUGAGUCCUGGGGGAAGCAGUAUUCUCACGCCAUAUUCAAGGCCAUGAGUCACAUGCUCUGCAUCGGGUAUGGUCAGCAAGCUCCGGAGGGAAUGACUGACGUGUGGCUCACCAUGCUAAGCAUGAUUGUGGGGGCCACCUGUUACGCCAUGUUUAUUGGCCAUGCCACUGCUCUCAUUCAGUCACUGGACUCCUCCCGCCGGCAGUACCAGGAGAAGUAUAAACAAGUGGAGCAAUACAUGUCCUUCCACAAACUACCUCCAGACACGAGGCAAAGAAUUCAUGAAUAUUAUGAGCAUCGCUACCAAGGAAAGAUGUUUGACGAAGAGAAUAUUCUUGGAGAGCUUAGCGAACCCUUGAAAGAGGAGAUCGUCAACUUCAACUGCCGCAACCUUGUUGCCAACAUGCCACUCUUUGCCAACGCUGACCCCAAUUUUGUAACGGCCAUGUUAACAAAGCUUCGAUUCGAAGUGUUCCAGCCAGGAGACUAUAUCAUACGCGAGGGUACCGUGGGCAAAAAGAUGUACUUCAUUCAGCAUGGCAUUGUGAGCAUCCUGACCAGAGGCAGCAAAGAGACCAAGCUCUCCGAUGGCUCCUAUUUUGGAGAAAUAUGCUUGCUGACACGGGGUCGUCGUACGGCAAGUGUACGCGCAGACACCUACUGCCGCCUGUAUUCCCUGUCUGUGGAUAAUUUUAAUGAAGUCCUGGAAGAAUAUCCUAUGAUGAGACGGGCCUUUGAGACGGUGGCAAUGGAUCGUCUGGACAGAAUCGGUAAAAAGAACUCCAUAUUGCUACGUAAACGAGCAGAGAACAGUUCAGGAUCGGUAAACAAUGAGAUCAUUCAACAGAUCGUGAAACAUGAUCAAGACGUUGCUCACAGCAUUCAGGAUCUCCAGUCUAUGGGGGCUACACGCGAUCCUGGUUACAGACAACUAAUCUGGGAGCCUCUGAUUCACGCUCCAGUUCAGACUGCUGCAGCCACCACAAACGUGGCUAUUGCUCUUACCCACCAGCAAAACUUACCAGCUCAUAUCUUCUUACCACCAUCUUCACUUCCAGAAACUGCCUACAUGAGUCGCCAGGCAAGAAGGUCACAACCGAGUCUUGGGCUGUCCAGGCCUUCUUCCGUAAGCUCUCCUUCUGGUGUACCGUCUCAGCAACAAACCCCAGCUGGAAUCUCUCCAUCCACACCUUGUGGUGUCCAAAAGCAGAGUGUAACUGGGCAAUGCCCUCAAGCCCCUUCACGGCAAUGUCAGUCUCAAAGGGGGGAUGCUCCUAUGCUGACAAAACCACCAUUACUGACCUCUCAGGUGCAGCUGUCUCGUUCGCGUGGGACAUCAGCAUCCACCUCAGUCCUGCAGCAGGCAACAGGACCUACAACCUCUCAAGCAGUCCUAGGACCCCUCUCUGGAAGGACUCUACACUACAGCCUGUCAAGAGCCAGUGGUUCCCACAUCUCUCUUCUCAUGCAGCACGCAGUCAGCUCACCGCAGCAGCUUGUCAAACAUAGAAGCAUACAAGGACUUCAUUUUGGGAGACUUUCACAAGAUAUUAGAUUCCUUUCUGCCUCUCAGCCUUCGUUGCCUAAUAAAAUGGCCCAGCAGCAGGAUAGUGGCACAUCCCAGCAUAGUGCAGGUUCUUCAGGGACAGCUACUAACAAAUCAUCUCCCUCUGGACCUGGGCUCCUAGUUAAGCCACCCAUACCUUCUUCCCUUUCUUCGCAUCCACAAUCAGUCCCUUCAGGGUCUUUAGCUACAUCUGGAUGCUCAAUCAGUGGUUCGUCUGCACCACAGACGCCAGUUUCUGCGAUUAGACAAAGUACACCAUCACGCAAAGGUUCUGUAGCAUUCACCUCAGAUGUUGAGAUGGGCAAACCAAAACUGCCAUCCAAUAUGUGAACUGAAAUCAGGCACGGAAUUAUAAUAAUAGCGAACUAUUGGUCGAGAACAGCACAACAACAUCCUCCAUUUUAAGGAGAGAAAUAAUUAAGCGCAUCUAGGCAUCAAUGGUUAGAUAUAGCAGAUUAAAAAAUAAAUAAAAAAUACAAUAUAUCACCAUGCCCAGCACUUUUUCCAUUACAUGGCUGAGAAAACAGUGGGAUUACCACAAAUAAAAUGAUCCGUUGCUGAAAUUGCCUUUACCCAGUCAAAGAAUAAUCUGAAUCUAGUCCUAGUGGUUGGUGACCAUGACGAAUAAGCCAUGUAGUCGUGCUAUGCCAUAAUGAGAACAGAUGUCAGCCUCCACAUUCCUUCAAAGUCAUAGAGGUUGGAUCUCAGCCAUAGGUCCCAUGGCAUGCCAUGCAGAUGACAAGUCACAGCCGCUAACCUGUUGCACAGAGAAUGAAUCCUAGGCACAUGGCCCACCGCAACCAUAUGAAAUCUAGAUCUGAAGAGUAGGGCCCCUACUGUGCUUUACAGACAAUGGGUCCUAGCAUGCUAAACAAAGGAUUAUCCAUGUCAUACAGAGAGUGAGGCUCAGUGGUGGUGUUCCUGCUAUACAAUAUGGAGACUGAAUCCCAGGUAUGGGUCCCCACCAUGCCAUAUUUGAAAAUGGAUCCAGGUUGUGGGAUUCAUGCCACGAAAAAAUGGAUAUCAGCGCUUUGGCUCCUGCUAUGUAAUAGAUGGAUGCCAAUGAAGACAUAAUACAGGUUCUAACUGUAGAACAUAGAAUGCAGAGAUUAAUUUCUAGCAAUUAAAAGGGGGCCCUUAAAAGUCAAUCUCAAAAAAAUGCCCCAAUAAAGGAUGAAAAACGUGCCAAGACUGAUUUAUGCAUUAAACCAAACCUGAUAAGAUGGAGUGAAUGUACCCUAAACAUGCACCUCAAUCUGCCAUCCUUGCUGUGAAUUUGUGUUUCUCCUCUUCUUUCUCAAAGUAGAGUUAUUUUUGUUAAAACGGUUCUAUUUGGAUUAGUGAUAUUAACACCUGUUGUGCAAUAAGACUGAACAUUCUGGGGUGGAGAUGAUGUACUUGGACAUUUCAGGAAUCUAUCCCACACCACCAUUUACCCCAAAGAUGAUAAUGGGUCACAGUCAUCCCUCUGUAGGUCUUCCAAGUUCUUGCUUUAGUCUACAGUCUUAGAGAUUCCCUCCCCAUUGGACUUACCAACCUUCUCCACCAUCAUGUAGCCAUUGACUUCUGCUACUUUCUCCUUAAGCCUACAGAUGACAGGUUCCUUGAGCCUGGGGCCUUUAGCUCAGUGGAAAAGAAAGACCAGCAAGUGCCUUGAGGACAGAAGGUGCCUGGCUAACUGUAGUGACAAGAGUUGAAUAAUUCUUGUGAUUUUUCCCCCCCCUUUCUGUGGAUUCCAUUAAAUGUACACUGAAUCAAUGACCAAGCGUUUGGGGUGGUGAUGGGUGGGGUGCUGAAAUUUCUUUGCCAAUGGUGCAUUACAUUUUAAAUGGUCGAUGGCCUCACUAAAUUGUGUGUUUUUUUGGUUGUUUUUUUUUUAGAUACAUUGUUCCCUUGCACUAGAACCUAAGCUUUUAAUGUGCUAUAUAGGUUCUGGAAGUUAAAUACACUACAUGGUAUGGAAUUUGCAGAUCACGCUCUGUCUGGAUGCUGAACACCCUGUACACCAAAGCCUUGUCCCAACACAAAGCCAUUAGAACAACCAGGAACACAACACAUAUUGCUUUACGAGAAAGACAAUGAGGAUGCACAACCGGUCUGAGUACAUAAACAGUGGUGCUGAUUAAGAAUUCAGAAUCUUUAUAACUGUAUGGGGGUGGCUCAGUGGAAUAAACAGCCUGUUUUCUGGGGAGAAAUAAAAAUGCCUAUAAGAGUCUUCAAUCAGCCUUUUAUGGAGGAGACAAAUAAGAACCUGUACCCCUGAGACAAAAACAGCAAACAGAGUUCUCCAUCUGAACUCCUUCGUAAGGUGCCAUCUACAUAAGACACCAUAUUUAUUGCACACCUUGCACAAUCCUGUACAGCUUGGGAGAUGAAGAAUUGGAUGCCCCUAUUUCUUGAGUUGAGAUGCUGUAGAUUUAUAUAGCACCAACAGAGAAAGCAUACCAUCAUCAUGACAACCCUUCCAUCAGAUUACUCUAAAAUGAAACUGACAGAGUAAUUGUAGGUUUGUCAAUUGAAACCGCUAUCGCUCCAUCUCUUCCAUGUCAUAGCAGUCCUACUAAGAUGCACUAAGAAGCCCAGUGAAAAAUUCCUAAAUUGAACAGUGACUUUGCAGGGAGAUUCCCUGGUAGCAUUGUGUGUCUGUCAUGUCCUGUUAAAGCCUGGUGUUCAUGACAAUAAGAGAAUCCUACAGGGGGAAGGAAGGAGGGGAAUACAUGGCAUUAGAGCACAAAUAGGUAUUUAUUGCAGGAAUAUAAGCAGAUUUUUUUUUGUAUUGUGUUGUACAUAAGUUGUUUUAACUAAAAUGAUCUGUAAAUAAAAAAUAA